CGACAUUCGGCCCCCGCUCUCCUCCGUGGACGAUGGCGUAGUCGAAUACGUUCCUCCAUCUCCGGCUCGCAAAUCUCCGUCGCCAAGCCUACGAAGACAAAGGGACCCACGGGCUUGAACCUCCUCUACGAACCGUCCGAGUCGCGAGUCGAUUUCAUCUUUGGAGGGAAGAGUCCUCUCAUGAUCCAUGACUUUGCCCAGGCUUUGCUCACGGACAUGUCCAACUCGAUUGCACUCCAGCGAAAUGGGCCAGCAUAUCUCUUGGGCAGUCGCGAUCCCUUACACAAGGCCAUGAUUGACCGAGUCCAUACUUUCUACUUCCUGGGAACACCACAUCGUGGGGCAAACUCUGCGGUCUAUCUCGACUACUAUCUCAGACUCUCCCAUCCAACGGGGGCUAAAGAAUACGCCAAGGAACUUCUUCCUGAUUCUCCAACAGUUCAGGUAAACCAUCGCCAUCUCUGCAAGUUUGAUGAUUCCAACAACUCAAACUUUGCUACCUUGUACCGAUGUUUCCAGACCACGAUCCAAGACAUUGACAAAGACUGUAAGUCACAUGUUACCGCCCAGAUGAAGACAAUCAGCGAUUAUCUCGAAGUCUCGGAGCGCCCAACAAAGGACGUCUUGACGGAGGCCCACAAGCGUCAUGGCGGGUCGUGUGAGUGGCUGACGACCCACGACAAGUUCCAGGAAUGGGUCGACUGCAACGUCAACGACGACCUGGAUAUCGGACCUCUUGACACGAGCCCAAUCGGUGCCAAGCCAAGGCUUCUCUGGCUCAACGGCCCUCCUGGAUCUGGCAAGUCGGUGGCAGCCGCGCACGUCAUUAAGCACCUUGAAGGCCACAAUGAGGAUUGCAGCUACUACUUCUUCAAGAACAACUCCAAGGCCACCGUCACACACCUCCUUCGAAGCUUAGCCUUUCAGAUGGCUUGGAUCAACUACGGUGUACGGCAAUCGUUCAUCUCCAUGAUUGAGGAGGGGUAUGCUGCCAAUACCCAUGAUCACACUGUCAUUUGGAACAACAUCUUCCUCGGCCGCAUAUUCAAGUGCAACUUCUCCAAGCCUCAGUACUGGGUCAUUGACGCCCUAGAUGAGUGUCCACACAAGUCGUUGGUGGCCUUCAUCCAGAUGUUUGCCAAGCUCAACUUUGUCCCUCUCCGCGUCUUUGCUACGAGUCGGACAAACACGCAUCUUGGUCGCCUACUUGACCGGGAGCAUCUCAACUUCCCCGAGCUACAUACCGGUCAAGAAGGGUCCUUGAGAGACAUCUCAAACUUUGUCAGAUCUCAACCGAGAUUAGCACAACUGGGUGGCGAGGGUGAGAUUGUUUCCGAGAUCGUCAAACGGUCAAACGGUGUCUUUCUCUGGGCAUCUCUCAUCCUGGAUCGUCUAGAUGACCUCUACAGUGUCGAGGACAUGCUGGCGGAGCUUAUCAAGACACCUCCGGAGAUGAGCAAGCUCUACGCGAGAAUCCUGGGAGAGAUUGAGCAAUCAUCCAGUGCCGAACUGGCGAAAUGCAUCAUCAAAUGGGCGGUUUGCGCUGCUGAACCUCUCACCACGGACGUCAUCAAAGUGGCUGUGAAGCUAGAUUGCGGCCGUACCAUUCUUGCUUCCGAGCCUGAUCACGUCUUCUCACAGAUCUGCAAGGGCCUGGUCUCGGUUGAUAACGAGUCGCAUGUCCAAGUGAUGCAUCCCACGGUCAAGGACUUUGUAUCGUCGACUGACUCAAGCUUCUACAUCAACCUCCGUGAGGCUCAUGAGACCAUGGCUGCUAUUUGCCUGCAGAACUUGAACGAUCGAAAGUUUGACCUACGCUUCACCGGUCGGGGCUUGCUUGUGCCGAGUGUGUCUGGAUCUACCCUCGACGACUAUGCUGAUGCCAACUUCGCUUACCACAUGGCCCACUCCCAUUCAACAUCACCACACUUGUUCUCGCUACUUGUCAAGUUCAUGGACUCCACCAUACUCACCUGGGUCGAGAGAGUUGCUCUGAAGCAGAGACUGAGCCCACUGAUCAAAGCAGUCGAGCACUUGAAGACAUACCUAGCUCGCCAUGAGUGUCCACCCUUUGGUAAGGCAGCCGAAUGGGUAGACGAGCUCACACGGCUAGUGACAAUCUUUGGACCGUACCUCAUCGACGUCCCUCAGACCAUCAGGACAGUGAUCCCUCUUCUCUGUCCGACAUCAUCGAGGAUUCACCAAACAUUCGCCAGUCGAUGUCGCUCAAAGCUCAUCUGUUCAUCAAACGUCAAGUGGGAUGACAGGCUCUCAGCUUUGUUACUCUCAGCCAAGCCCCGAUCCCUUGUUUCCAACCAGCAAUAUCUUGCCGUUGGUCUCUCCAAUGGGAAGAUCAGACUCUUCAACAAUUCCACACUCGAACUCGUCACAACGCUGAAUCACUUUAUCGCUGCAAAGUCUGUACCCGUGCAACAUCUCCUUCUUGGUAACACGACCAAGGUCCUUGUCUCAUGUGGUCCUCGAAACAUGAAGCUCUGGAAGUUGCCCGAUCAAGAGAUGUGGAACAUCCCUCUCAAGGCACAGGUGAGGACAAUCUCUUUCAAUGCGGAUGAUUCCAAGCUGUUUGUGGUCUAUAACCUCCGCAUCGAGUCAGCCAUCUCGACAUUGUCAACUGCAGACGGUUCUGAGAUUAAGCCUGUCUCGGUCAUGGAAGACAGCUCAGAUUCAGAUCAGAACCCAACUGACUGGGCAACUCCAACCAAGAGAUACGUCCUCUCGUUUGUCCGCAUAAAUCCUAUCCUCGGAUUUGCAGCAGUGGCGUAUCGCAGCUCUCACUUGAUGCUAUUUCAACUGGACGGGGACGACAACCUGGAACAGAUUUGCAGGUUCAAAAAGACCGGGACUGAGUUGGCUGUGCGCCCACCUCAGGUGUUGGAUGUGGCUUUUAACCCAGCUGUCGAGUCCGCUCUCAUGGCGGUCGCUUACCAAGAUGGGGAGAUUGUGACUGUGGAAAUGGGCGGAUGGGGACGAGGGAAUACUCGCCAACGGAACUCUUACAGCCUUCAUGCAACCCUUCUCGCCAGCUCCCCAGAUGGUCGUACUCUUGGUGCUGUUGCAACGGGCAUAAUGUUUGCUUCAAACAGCUUGCGACUCUAUGACAUCCGUGGUACCGCCUGCAAUGUCUGGGAGCCAUCCGUGUUGAUGAGAAAGCAUUCCGUUGAUGACGAUUCGAGCGACCCUGGCGACUCCGCUCAACCCUCCCUUGACGCCCCAGGUAUCUUCUUCACACGACCAUUCGACGAUGAUAGGGUCAUCACAGUUAUAACCCAAGCAGAUGAUGACAACUUUGUCUUCUGCGGGCGUGAGAACGGAUCUGUGACGAUUCACGACGUGUCGAGUGGGAAGCAGGUUUUUGAGAUGCAGCUACACACGGCCAGUAUACGACACCUGGAGUGGCAGCCACGAGAGAAGAUUCUCUUCAGCGCAGACAUCUCAGGGCAAUGUGAAGCUCACCGCUUGUCGAAGGCUCCGUGGAGAAAGAGGGAGCAACUUCUGUCGCACAGGGCGUCCGGGGCCGUCAUCCAGAUGUUGGUGAAGCAGGACAGUCUCGCCAUGCUUUUGGUGACACCCGAUGGCGAAGAGCUGUGUGAUAAGGAGAAGGUCGUGAUCAGCGGCGAGUCUACCGAAGCAGACAGGUGGACACUCCAUCCUACCGACCCAUCGCGCCUGUUGCUGUUCCAAGGGAACCAAGUCCAUCUCUACAAAUGGGAUGGACUUGGGAAAGAGUCCAGCGAGAAGGGCAUCGAGCUGCAACUUCCUUUAAGCAUGGAACCGCUUUCGAUACCUGUCGACUGGUGCAACCAGAGUGGUAUCAAAACACUGGUGCAAGCAAUACCGUGCUCAAAAGACACUGCAUUCAUCAGACUGGAUGCCACGGAGCUUGGUCCGGCGGCCUCAACGGUUUCACUUACCGGGACUACUAAAGAACUGGUAGCCAAAGUCGGCAUGAUCCUCGGAGUCUAUAAGUCCAAGAUAUUCUUUCUUUGCCGUCGUGGAUGGGUGUGCUCAAUCUGUCUCGACGUCAGCGCACAGACGACACAUUACACGAGAUACUUUUUCAUACCGCCUUUGUGGAGAAGCGGAGGAGAGCCCGUGAUUCGGAUGGUAGGCGGGCACACCUUGCGGGUUGCAAUUGCGUAUCGGGACGAUUUAGUCCUGUUUCACCGUUUUCUAGAGCUGGAGAAUCAUGUGGAUUUCUGA